AUGGGUCUCAAGAAAGGUUUUUCACUGUCAAAUAGUGAUAUUUUUCUGACCUAUGUACUUGGUGAAGCCAAGUACUUGACUCAUUGGCUGGCCAAGGGUGAAGUUCAAUCAGGUGCCAUGGUAAAUGUACUCUAUCCUUAUACAUUGAUAGCAUUAACAAGUACCUACCAGUUAUAUGCAUGCUUUGUGUCAUAUCAUGUCAAUCUGAAGUGGCGGCCGAGGGAUCAUGUUAAGUAUUUUGUUAUGUUGGUUGCUUGGAUCAAUGUAUGGAUCCUUAGGGCCUUCAUGGAUUUCUUCUCUUCUCCUUCUUCGAUUGUUAGGUCGCUGGAUUUCGGUGAUCUAGGGUUUGAUAUGGGGAGAUUAGCGGCAACCGGGGCUUUGGUGGUUCAUGGAGGAGUUGGGCAGGGGCAGGGGCAGGGGUUGCCUUCUUCAACCAAUACUGCAAUUGGGAGAGCUCUUUCUCAAGUUCUACGAAUCUUGAACGAGAUUCCAGCCACCUCACCAAAUCUCCGCCGCUCCGUUUACCGCCUCCUCGUCCGCCACACGGGCCGUCUCGCCUCCUCCGCUCCUCCCCCCUCCGGGCCCACCUCGCGCGGCGCUACGACGCUCUUUCGCUUUGCUUUAAUGGGGUUAUUUCGCGAUAUAAACAACCGGUCUUCGUCAAGAUUGUUGAGCUUUAGCGGUCCGGGCUUGGGGUUGGAGGAGGAGUUGGAGAGUGAGAAGUUGGCCCAUGAGGUUUUGUGGAUUGUGAAUAAGAUGAUGAUGUGUGAGAUUGUGGAAGAAGCUAUUGUGAGUUGGGGUUUGGAGGAUAGGCUUGCGGCUUUGUCUCUUACUGCCAACGCUAGAGUGCAAGGUCCCAUCGUCAAGAUCUCAGCAAUCCUGCUCCAAGAGCUAGCCCGCGGAGAAUGGGAAGCACCAAGAGAAGUAAAAUUCCGUAUACUCUUACUAUGGCUACCUGUCCUCUGCUACGCCAGUAACGGCGUAACACGUCCGGUGCUAAUGGGGCUGGAGAGGUUGGAGAUCGAAGUGGCGAUAGAAGGACUGAUCUUAAGCUUGCCUCUUGAGGAUCAGGAGGCCAUCCUUGGGAACUGGCUCAAAGAUUUCGCGGUGAUUGAUUCAGACUGGCCGAAUCUACAGCGAUGCUUCGAUUGCUGGUGUCGGAACUCAAGGAAGCUUCUGCUCUGAACUCACGGGGUGUUUCUAGAAUUUAGAUGCAGCAACUUAAUUAGGUCAUGCUUGUGUACCACUAGUCAUACAUUCUGUUAUGAAGGUUCGUCACGUUCUGAGAUAUGGUAUUGUUUGUGCACUAUUUUAGAAUUUGGUAUAUGAUACUUGAUAAGGGGAAAAAAAAGGAUACGAGGCAAUGAGAUAUCGUAUAAGUUGCAUUGAAGCCUAUUGAUUU